AUUUCAAUUUUAAUUUCACGUGAUGACAAGCUCAAGGAAAGCUUGCCUCCUUUCGAGGAUCACCGCGGGCGAGCUAAAAACUGUGGGGCAGGUGGGGUGAUGAGUAUUCAACGUGCUACGGUACUUCCAGAACAGUAGUGCAACGCAUCACGGCUCACACGACCCUCCCCCUUUUCACCAAACUCGCUUCUCGAUCCUUGCCAAAACAGUCGUUCUAUAUUUUCUUUUCCGGAAUCAGUAAUAGACAUAGUGCUUUAUAUCAUUCGGGCAACCGAAAUCGAACAGCAAUGGCGUCAAUGAAGGCUGCGAAUCGUUUGAUGGUGGCGUUUGAUGAGGGCAAGGGACCGAGCAUGGGAUGUUGGCAAAUGAUUCCAGGAAGUAACGUGUCGAGGACGCUGGCCAGAACUGGAGUGGAUUGGGUUGUUGUGGAUUGUGAGCAUGGAAAUAUGGAUGACGCGGCAAUGCAUGAAGCUGUUCCAGCCAUAGCAGCUUGCGGGGUGAGUCCAAUUGUCAGGAUACCUGAUAACCAGAGUUUUAUGGUCAAGCGGGCUCUUGAUUCAGGAGCUCAUGGGGUCAUUGUCCCACUCCUCUACACUGUGGAAGAUGCAGAGAAGCUCGUACUCAGCGCGAAGUUCCCUCCUCAAGGCCACAGAGGAUUCGGCUCUCCCUUCCCGCAAGAGAGAUUCCAUCCCGACCUAGGAUCAACAGAUUACCUGCAACAAGCAAACGAAUCCCUCUUAACCAUAGUACAAAUUGAGACGAAAGCGGCCCUCGAGAACGUCGACGGCAUCGCAGCUGUGCCUGGAAUUGACGUCCUGUUCGUCGGACCCUUUGACCUUGGGAAUAAUAUCGGCCAUCCAAUUAUCAAUGGUGUGAUGCAUGAUGAUUUACAUGCUGCUAUUGCACAGGUUCUGAGGGCUGCGAAUAAGGCGGGUAAGAAAGCCGGGAUUUUUUACAAAGUCUGUUUGGCCUUUGCGCAAAGAGAACAGUUGGCUCGAGUAAAAAGAGUGAUCCGGCAAGCAUGCUGCAGCAGUCUUACUGAAGGAUACAUGCCGUGCGACGUUCUCGAGAUCGAGAGGGAAGAAAAGUUCGUUGAGUUUAGAAAUCUCAAGAUGGCGCAAAAAUGUGUUCACCAGUCUUGCGGGAAGAUGUACUCAGACCCGGAAGAGGAAUGCCAAUACCAUCCUGGUCCACCGAUCUUCCAUGAGGGGCAGAAGGGCUGGAAGUGCUGCAAACCCCGCGUCCUGACCUUCGACGAGUUCCUCUCCAUCCCGCCUUGCACAACCGGCAAACAUUCCACCACCGACCUUCCCCCUACAAUCGAGAAGAAGCAGGUCGAAGCUUCAGACGAUAUCGCGAUCCCCAGGCCAGCUAUUCCUACACCUGAAGCUUCGCGAGGUCCUGUCUCAGCUCCACAGCCGACUGCUACCCCUCCCCCUCCCCCGCCAGAGUCAGAGGAUGAUGAUCCCAACUUAGAGAUCCCGAAAGGCAACACAUGUAGACGGAGGGCGUGUGGACAAGGAUACACGGGCGAGGGCCGAGAGGGCGAGAAGUGUGUUUUCCAUCCUGGUGUACCGAUAUUUCAUGAGGGCAGCAAGGGUUAUACGUGUUGCAAGAGGAGAGUACUAGAAUUCGACGAAUUCAUGAAGAUAGAAGGAUGUAAGACGAAGGACCACCAUCUAUUUGUGGGCAGCGGUAAGAAGAAGGGUGGCGGCAAUAGUGGUGGAGAGGAGUUGUUGGAGACCGUUCGGCACGACUUCUACCAAACGGCCAGCACAGUCAUCGCCUCCUUCUUUCUCAAGAAAAUCAAUAAAGACACUGCAAAAGUAGAAUUUGCCCACACGGAAACCAACCUCGACCUUAUCACCACCGACACACCUCCCAAGAGAUACAAGGCAGUAGUUCCUUUGUUUGGUCCGAUUGACCCCGAAGCCUCGGCAUUCAAGAUUAUGGGCACGAAGUUGGAGGUGACCUUUGUGAAGGCGGAUGGUAGUUCGUGGCCGGUGCUGAGAAGUGAUGAGCAAAGGACUGGCGAAAUUAUCCAAGUUGGCAAAGCCGGAAGAGCUCUUUAAGCUAGGUUGAAAAGAAGUUGCCGAAAUAGAGCUAUUCUCCUGGUCUUCAACGAAGAAGCAUUGAAGAAAGCCGAAUUAAGUGCCAUAGCAUUGAUUGAUGACAUUGU